AGCCCAAAAUGAAUGCAUAUGUCACUCCGUGCAUGUGUGCCAGUUUCUUUAAUGUGACGUAAGAUUUCAUUGGCUUUAAAUCUGUAGGGCAACAAGCCACAGCCAAACACAGGUCAGACAGAAAUACAUAUUUCAACAUGUUAGCUGCAGCGAUACUCUCAGUGCUCUUGACGUUGGGGGGUCUUGGAGGUGCGGCGGCGUCUGACUUACACAUCUUUGGGAAAUCCUUCUACAAUGAUGGAACCCUGCGGAGCAGCAGUGAUGACAGGUACACUGUGAGGAAGCAGCAAAGCCAGCAGAUGGCGAGCGGAAUCCGCAGAAGUUUGGACCUAGAGAGCUUCAAGCUACACAUGACGCCAGCCACCAGCAGGAUGAGCCUGCCGACCAUCAUCAAGCUUUACCCCCCCACAGCCAAACCGCUCCACAUGCACGCCAACAUGCCCCUGCGCUUCGGUAGGGACAGCAAUGACGAAAGGGUCCCCAACUCCAGCCCCAACAUGCCCCAGAGGUUCGGGAGGUCCUGGGAGCUGAUCCAGAUGUGUGGAGAGUGUCGUGAGGUCCGAGACUCCCCCAGCCCUGUGCUGCCUCAAAGAUUCGGAAGAAACGUCCCUUAUUGGAGCCUCCUGAGGACUCUGGCCAGUGAUGACUUGGUAGACACUGGUUUGCACUGGACUCAAGAUUUUGACUUUAAGACCAGCAGCUCUGAAGAAGAUGUAGAGACAGAAGAGAAGGCGUUCAAAGGAUAAUCCAGAUAUAAACAGACCUCUCUUCUGUCAAAAUAAGAUUAUUCAUUUUUUAAUAAAUGUUUCAGAUUAUUAAAGCUUAGAUCUACAGUAUUUGGAUUUAGAUAUUGUCUUCUUAAAGCAAUGUACCUGUCAAUAUGUGAAACGUUCUUUACAAAGAAUUAGGAAAUUUGUACAAAAAGUUAAAAAUAAAGCUUCAAGCA